UGUUGGAGACAGAGAAGGCGGGUCUUUAACCACCGCUGGCUUUAGAGGACUAGGUCGGGAAGAGACCUCCGCCAAGCCCAGCGUGCGGGCACAGAGAAAAUGACAGCAAUCAAGCAUGCCUUACAGAGAGAUAUUUUUACUCCAAAUGAUGAACGCUUAUUAAGCAUUGUUAAUGUUUGCAAAGCAGGAAAAAAGAAGAGAAACUGCUUUUUGUGUGCAACAGUGACAACUGAACGCCCAGUGCAGGUGAAUGUGGUAAAGGUGAAAAAAUCUGAUAAGGGCGAUUUCUACAAGAGGCAGACUGCCUGGGUGCUUCGAGAUCUUGCUGUUGUUGAUGCCAAGGAUGCUAUCAAAGAAAGUCCUGAGUUUGAUCUACAUUUUGACAAGGUAUACAAAUGGGUUGCUAGCAGUGUAGCAGAAAAGAACACCUUUAUUUCAUGUAUUUGGAAACUUAAUCAGCGGUAUAUCAGAAAGAAGAUUGACUUCAUAAAUGUUAGUUCUCAGCUUCUGGAAGAAUCUGUUCCAAGUGGAGAGAAUCAGCAUGUGACAGGAGGUGAUGAAGAGGCACUGGAUGAAUAUCAAGAGUUAAAUGCAAGAGAAGAGCAGGACAUUGAAAUAAUGAUGGAAGGCUGUGAGUACGCCAUCUCUAAUGCAGAAGCCUUUGCUGAUAAGUUAUCCAGGGAGCUGCAAGUGCUAGAUGGGGCAAACAUUCAAUCAAUCAUGGCCUCUGAGAAGCAGGUGAACAUUCUGAUGAAGCUCCUGGAUGAGGCACUGAAAGAAGUGGACCAAAUUGAAAUGAAACUGAGCAGUUACGAGGAAAUGCUGCAAAGCGUAAAAGAGCAAAUGGAUCAGAUCUCGGAAAGCAACCAUCUGAUUCAUCUUAGCAACACUAACAAUCUGAAGCUGCUGUCAGAGAUAGAGUUCCUUGUUAACCACAUGGAUUUGGCAAAAGGGCACAUCAAGGCACUUCAGGAAGGAGACCUUUCAUCCUCCCGGGGCAUUGAGGCCUGCACCAACGCAGCAGAUGCUCUUUUACAGUGUAUGAACGUGGCUCUUCAGCCAGGACAUGAGAAGCUCGAUGCUGUCCGGCAACAGCAGCAGCGCUUUAGCGAACUGCGGGAGCUGUUUGCACGGAGACUGGCCAGUCAUCUCAACAAUGUAUUUGUUCAGCAGUUUAUAAAGCUGGAGAGUAGCAGGCCCUACUAUCUUUCACUUGCUGGUCAUGACCAGAGUUCCACUCUUGCUCAGCACUCCAUUGAGUUGACAUUGCCAAACCAUCAUCCCUUUCAUAGAGAUUUGCUUCGCUUUGCCAAACUGAUGGAAUGGUUGAAAAACACAGAUUAUGGGAAAUAUGAAGGACUAACAAAGAACUAUAUGGAUUAUUUAUCACGGUUGUAUGAAAGGGAAAUAAGGGAUUUCUUUGAAGUUGUCAAGAUUAAAAUGACAGGUGCAACCAAGGAAGGAAAGAAGUUUGCUACACUGCCUCGAAAAGAAAGUGCUGUCAAACAGGAAACAGAGAGCCUUCAUGGAAGCUCUGGGAAAUUGACAGGUUCAACUUCCAGCCUAAACAAACUCUCAGUUCAGGGUUCAGGAAAUCGCAGGUCUCAAUCAUCCUCAUUGCUAGAUAUGGGCAACAUGUCUGCAUCUGACCUUGAUGUGGCUGACAGAACCAAGUUUGAUAAGAUUUUUGAACAAGUUCUAAGUGAACUGGAGCCCCUGUGUCUUGCGGAACAAGACUUCAUUAGUAAAUUCUUCAAACUUCAACAACAUCUUAGCAUUCCUGGAACACCAAUGAGUGAUGCUGAGGAGACAGAUGGAGGAACUUUAUCAAGAAUGCAUGGUACUGGUGGUCCUCAGUCAAUAUCUUCAGAGAAUCACAUGAUCCGGCAGAUGAUGACAAAAAUAUUUCGCUGCGUUGAGCUAGAAUUGAAUAACCUUAUUGCUUUGGGGGACAAGAUUGAUAGCUUCAAUUCUCUUUACAUGCUGGUGAAAAUGAGUCAUCAUGUAUGGACAGCACAAAAUGUGGAUCCAACUUCUUUCCUCAGCACAACACUUGGAAAUGUAUUAGUGACUGUCAAAAGGAACUUUGACAAGUGCAUUAGUAACCAAAUAAAACAGAUGGAAGAAGUAAAGAUAUCCAAGAAGAGUAAAGUUGGAAUUCUCCCUUUUGUUGCUGAGUUUGAAGAAUUUGCAGCACUAGCUGAAUCUAUUUUCAAAAAUGCAGAACGAAGAGGAGAUCUCGAUAAAGCCUAUUUGAAACUUAUUCGAGGAGUUUUCGCUAAUGUGGAAAAAGUGGCAAAUGAGAGCCAAAAGACACCCAGGGAUGUGGUCAUGAUGGAGAAUUUUCACCAUAUCUUUGCAACACUCUCUCGGCUGAAAAUCUCAUGUCUGGAGGCUGAGAAAAAAGAAGCAAAGCAAAAAUACACAGAUCAUCUGCAGUCGUAUGUCAUCUACUCUUUGGGACAGCCACUUGAGAAAUUGAAUCACUUCUUUGAGGGGGUUGAAGCUCGUGUGGCCCAAGGUGUGAGAGAAGAGGAAGUGAGCUACCAGUUGGCCUUCAAUAAACAAGAGCUAAGAAAAGUUAUAAAGGAAUACCCUGGCAAGGAAGUGAAAAAGGGACUAGAUAACCUUUAUAAGAAGGUGGACAAACACCUCUGUGAAGAGGAAAACCUACUCCAGGUGGUGUGGCAUUCUAUGCAAGAAGAGUUCAUACGGCAGUACAAACACUUUGAAGGCUUAAUAGCACGUUGUUAUCCUGGAUCUGGCAUUACCAUGGAAUUUACUAUCCAAGACAUUUUAGAUUACUUCUCCAGUAUUGCACAGUCUCACUAAUGUCUGCCAAGUGAUAAACCAUGAUAAACUAAUUGACUGGGAAGUAUCAUUAACAUUGGACAGUUAAAGAGAUGGAAUGAUAAGGAGUAUCCUUAAUUAUCUUCAUGCCUAUCCACUGAUGGCCUAAGCCAUUUGCUUGCUUACUGGAUAAAAACAGUGUUAAAUCAUACAUGUUCACAUGUAAUUCAACCCACCUAGUUCCAUGUUGAUAAAGCUUUGUAUAUCGCUAGUACAUUGUACAUUAAACACUAAACUCAUCUGCUUUCCUAAAUAUCUAGGAAUUGUGUGUGUUUUGAAAUUAUAAAUGAGUGAAAGGGUCCUACAUUCAAGUGUGUUAAUAUAUGCAUCAGUGGGACAUCCUGGCAUAUGUUUCUGAGAAUCAAUUUUCAUGACUAUUUGGAUAUCAUUCUGAUAUGAAGUAAAAAAAAUGUUUACAAAGACA